AUGUCUAUUCGGCCCUUACCAGAUGAGGUCGCUGCCCAGAUCAAGUCCUCAACGGCCAUUGUGUCGCUUACUGGGGUUGUCCUCGAGCUCGUGAAGAACUCUCUAGACGCCAAAGCGGCCAAAAUCAAUGUUACGGUCGAGUUUGCGCGAGGUGGCUGCAAGGUCGAGGACGAUGGCUUGGGCAUAUCACCUGCUGAGUUUAGCGAGUAUGGUGGCCUAGGGAAGCUCUACUGGACUUCCAAGUACCAAUCAGAUGAGCCUCAUCUGGGUCAGCAUGGCACCUUUCUGGCCUCACUAUCGGCAAUGUCUCUGUUGACUGUCACCUCGCACCACCACGCACACCGCUCGCACAACUCGAUCUCGUUUCACCAUUCUCAUGUGUUAGAGAGGCAGACGCCGACGUCUGCACACGACUACGUCAAUGGAAAGCAUGGAACUCGAGUCACCGUUCGAAACUUGUUUGGAAACAUGCCAGUACGAGUGAAACAACGUACAAUGGUCACAGAUCACAAGCAGGAGCAAGUGCGGAUACGUGACGCUCUUAGGAGAGAUGUUGCUGGUCUACUCCUCAGUUGGCAAGGGCCCGUGUCACUCAAGAUUCGAGAUGGCGACAACAACACGAUUGCAUUGUUCAACACCUCGAAUGUAGCUGUAACAAGAAUCAGUCGAGGCGCGGCGGUCGAUAAGCCGCAUUCUGCGCAUCUCUCGUCGCUACUGCACAUCAUGACGCAAGCCAAUUACAUCAAUAUCGAUGAAUGGCCAUCGUGGGUCUCAGCGUCUGCUACGACCGCCGCUUUGUCCAUCAAGGGAGCCAUUUCACUGGAACCAGCACCAACAAAGCAAGUGCAGUUCAUAUCGUUUGGUAUUCGACCACUUUCCAACGAGAACGGAUGCAACGAGCUCUACGACGAAGUGAAUCGACUGUUCGCCCUGUCUAGUUUUGGCACUGCUGAGGAUGACGCCAAUGUAGAAGAGCAAGAGCAGCUGCGCCGGCAGUCAGAUAAGCGUUUCAAGAAAAAUGGAUACACCAACCGCCAACUCAAGGCUCGGAAAGGCGUCGACAAAUACCCCAUGUUCCAUUUGCGAAUUUCAACAAAGGAUGAGCGUGCCUCAGACAUGGCAGAAGGACGCUUCAUCGAGAAUGAGUCCAGCCUACAGGCAGUCGUAGGUAUCCUCAGCGCAAUGAUUACACAAUGGUUGUCUGUCCACCACUUUCGUCCGAGAAAGCUACCCCGAUUGACAGAUCGACCCAAGACAUCAAUCCCUCCUCUCAAUCCAGAGGAGCAGACUCAUACACCAUCGAGAAAGCGUCAGACCUCGUUGAGUGCCCCAGCAAGAGCUACAACAAUUGCGCCAAAAUCAAUAUCCGCAGCGACAGAUGCUGCCAAACACAAGAGGCCGGUCAUGGUUUACUCGGAAAAUAUACCUGGAAAACUGCACCCACAAGCCUUUGCUGAUUGGUCUCGCAUCAAGAGUGGAAAGUCAAGCUUCUUCGAAACAACACAAUUCGUCAAAAAGUCUUCAGCGUCCAGUCAUUCAAACCUCAGCGAUGCAUCUACCCAACUUUCAGAUAGCCUGCUGCAGACCGGUGGCAAUCGACAUUACUACGCGGCGUUCGAUGUACCUUCUAUUGACAAAGGUGCAUUGGGCCAGGCUGCGACUUCGAAACCCUCGGGCCCUGUCAACAGCCUCUCCUCGGAAUCAGACGGCAAAGACAACCCCGUCUCGUGGACUGAUCCUGUAACAAAGAAAACGCAUCUCAUCAACGCUCGAACAGGAAGCGUCAUGCCGCCUCAAAGACCUCAAACAGACUCCUGUGGUUUUUCAUCUGCAAGCACCCGCUUGAACACAAGGCAGUUACUUCGAAUGGGCCCGAGAUCCGCCAAAACAGAACCUGCAAAGACGCCAUGGAUAGAUAGACUGCUCCAGAACUGGGACAACCCGGUUUUCAUGCCGAGUGAGCAAGACAUCCAGGAAAUAUCGCUUCGGGGUGAUCUGGAAGAUGGUGGGGACCACCAUUUGCACCACAUCCAUGCACACUGCGCUUCCUUUGAGGUGCACACAGCAUUCAAUGACGUAGGUUUGGAUUCAGCCCGGCUAUCGAAAGAUGCUCUGCGCAGUGCUGAGGUACUCUCUCAAGUCGACAAGAAGUUCAUCUUGGUCAAAUUGACUGGAUUACCGGCAGACAGCAAGACGACAUCUGACGCCGAUAUCAUGGUUCUGAUUGAUCAACAUGCGGCCGACGAGCGCAUUCAGGUCGAAGCACUUCUGAGCGACUUGUGCAGAUCAUCGCAGAACAGCAUGCACGUGGGCUAUAAAUCGAACCUUGGGCUCAGCUCUUCCAUUGAGACUGACAUUCUCGAAAAGCCUUUGCAGUUCGCCAUCUCACCACACGAGCAUACACACUUCAGAACGUUCGCGGCCAACUUCGCCGCAUGGGCCAUACUGUACGAUAUCAGCACCGCUACUGCCUCGAAAAGCAGACCUGGCUCGUCAGAUAAGAGUGAUUGCAAGAUCUCAAUCAUGGCUCUGCCACCGGUUAUCUCAGAGCGAUGCAAGACCGACCCUCAGAUCUUAAUCGCCUUCCUUCGAUCCGCGGUGUGGAAGUACGUCGAGUCGCCUCCUCUUCCUCCGAUGGCACUCAAUGAUCAGUCAACAACUUGGGUGAAAAAGAUAGCAACUUGUCCGCCAGGCCUGAUCGGCAUGAUCAACUCUCGUGCCUGUCGCUCAGCGAUCAUGUUCAAUGAUGAGUUGAGACUGACCGAGUGCAAGGCUUUAGUGGACAAGCUAGCUGGUUGUGUCUUUCCCUUCAUGUGUGCGCAUGGAAGGCCAAGCAUGGUUCCAAUUGUUGACAUGGGCAGGGUGCGCGGCUCUGCGUCCGAUAAAGGCAACGAAUAUGGCAGCGCGGAUACGUUCAUAAGCGCUUGGAAGAGGUGGAGAGGCUGA